CUUCCCUACAUAGCUCCACCUAGUUCCCCGCCUCUGGCCCCGCCCCGCCCGCCUCUGCUAGGGCAGCCUACGGCCACCGGUCGCUGGAGGACCCUGAACAAGCUAUGGCUUCCGGCGGCCCGCGGGUGCUGGUGGUGGGCGGCGGCAUCGCGGGGCUGGCCGCUGCGCAGAGACUCUGCAGCCACUCGGCUGCUCCACACCUGCGAGUCCUGGAGGCCACUGCCCGCGCUGGGGGCCGAAUCCGCUCAGAACGCUGCUUCGGUGGUGUAGUGGAGCUGGGUGCACACUGGAUCCAUGGGCCCUCCCAGGGCAAUCCUGUCUUCCAGCUGGCUGCGAAAUUUGGUCUCCUGGGGGAGAAAGAGUUAUCAGAGGAGAACCAGCUGGUGGAGACAGGAGGGCACGUGGCCCUGCCCUCCGUGAGCUAUUCCAGCUCUGGAGCAUGUGUGAUCCCGGAGCUGGUGACAGAGAUGGCCAGUCUGUACUAUGGACUGAUAGACCGGACCAGAGAGUUCCUGAAUGCACCCGAGACCCCAGUGGCCAGCGUUGGAGAGUUCCUCAAGAAGGAGCUAAGUCAGCAGGUGGCCAACUGGACUGAGGAUGAGGACACGAAGAAACUCAAGCUGGCUAUCCUGAAUGCCUUCUUCAAUAUAGAGUGUUGCGUGAGUGGCACCCACAGCAUGGACCUGGUGGCCCUUGCACCGUUCGGGGAGUAUACAGUGCUGCCGGGACUGGAUUGCACCUUGGCUGGUGGUUACCAAGGACUUACCAACUGCAUACUGGCUUCCUUGCCCAAGGAUUCAGUGGUUUUUGACAAGCCGGUGAAGACCAUUCACUGGAAUGGGUCCUUCCAGGAAGCUGCUUUUCCAGGGGAGACCUUCCCUGUGUUGGUGGAGUGUGAAGAUGGUACCCGCCUGCCUGCUCAUCAUGUCAUCGUCACCGUGCCCUUAGGUUUUCUCAAAGAACAUCAAGAUACCUUCUUUGAGCCACCACUGCCUGCCAAAAAGGCAGAAGCCAUCCAAAAAUUAGGCUUUGGUACCAACAACAAAAUCUUUUUGGAGUUUGAGGAGCCCUUCUGGGAGCCCGACUGCCAGUUCAUCCAGGUGGUAUGGGAGGACACAUCACCCCUACAGGACACAGCCCUCUCACUCCAAGACACCUGGUUCAAGAAACUCAUUGGCUUUGUGGUCCUGCCUCCUUUUGAGUCUUCACAUGUGCUCUGUGGGUUUAUUGCUGGCCUGGAGUCAGAGUUUAUGGAGACUCUGUCGGAUGAAGAAGUGCUUCUUUCUCUAACCCAAGUACUCCGGAGAGUGACAGGAAACCCACAAAUGCCUGCGGCCAAGAGUGUGCUGAGGUCUCGGUGGCACAGUGCCCCAUACACCCGAGGUUCCUACAGCUAUGUGGCUGUUGGCAGUACUGGUGAUGACCUAGAUGUGCUGGCUCAGCCCCUCCCUGCUGAUGAAACUGGUACCCAGCUCCAGAUACUCUUCGCUGGGGAAGCCACACAUCGGACAUUUUAUUCCACCACACACGGGGCCCUCCUGUCUGGCUGGAGGGAAGCGGAUCGCCUCAUUGGUCUGUGGGACUCAGAGGUGCAGCAGCCCUGGCCCAGGCUGUGAGUGCCUUCUGCUCUGCUCUGUCAUGGGGACUGACAGAACUCCUCUGUCUGUGGGGUACAUGAUUUUUCAGUCUGGUUUGAGGUCUUGGGAUCUUACUGGUAGCUUUCAUUUUGGGGAAGUGGUCUCAUUUCUCAUAUCUGUGGUUGGAGCCUGGCUUGGUCUGAUCAUGGAUGCCUCACUGUGUUGUUGCACACAUAAAGCAGUGAAUACCACCUGUGUCUAGAGUACUUCCCAUACUGCAUCCAGUUCUCAGCCUGUUCCCACCCAAGUCCAGGUCCCAUCUGCCCCUUCUAUCCCCAGUUCAUGGCUUUCCCCUCUGGGUUCUUUGGGCCUUAGGUUCUGUGGUAAUGCUUUGUCCUGUUUUUGAAGGUGUUUCCACUACUGUUGACCAGUACCACAGUAUGGCUAAUGAACCUCCCUUUGAUCAUUAACGGAUCUGGAUGAACAUGUAGAACUGAGGAGACUGGGUAGGGCAGGGAAAGGCAUCCUAUCCUGGCCUGGCUUGGGGUUUUUUGAAGAAAAAAAUUAUUUAAAGAUUAUUGGGGAAGCAGAUUGGCCAAGCACAGGGAGGGUAUUGGGGAAGCAGAAUAUGGAGGUGGGGUGAGGAAGGGUGCUGGGGAGCCAGGAGUGUUGGGGUAGACAUGGGGAGUGUGUUGGGGAGUUAGACAGUGUUGGGUAGGUCUCUUGGAUAUUUGGCACUCUGUCUCACUGCAUCCUCCCAGCAGCUCCAGGACAGGUCUCUUGCUCCCACUUACAGAAGAGACAGAACACUUAGACUUAUUAACUCCUGUGCUGCAUCUAUCGUAAGAGCUUGCACAUAUCUGUAGCAGGAAUCUUAACAGGUCUUAUUAAUAAAAUCAAAACCGA